AUGCGUGUUAUUCAGAUGAUUACUUUUCUCUUUGCCGUCUCAGGCUUCACUGCCGCGCAGUCUACUGAUGAAAAUGGCCUCUCUCGCCGCCAGCUCGCUGAAGCCGCCCGCGAGAAAUUCCUCGCUGCUCGCGAUGAUUACCUUGCUGCCCGCGACGAGUACCUUGCUGUCCGUGACCUGACACCUCGCGCAACUGGUCCAGCUCCGGUCAGCAUCAGUUUCCGUAAGAAGCCCGGUUGCCGUGAGUUUGGUGGCAAGGUGCGCUGUAUUUAG